AUGGCCACCAAGAAGUUGAAGGACAAAAAGCUUAAAGAGAAGCUAGUUGCGCGGCGUUCGUUAGUGUCGUCACUCGAAACGGUCGAGGCGUUCGUCGAGAAUUACGAAGAAGACCGUGAUUUUCAGCAAGUGGCCGUGUGGUUGGACCUGCUAGACCAAUUGUUUCGCGAACAUGUGAAGGUUCAGGCGAACCUCGAAAAGCUCGACAGCGGAGACGCCCCGUUAGUGAAACACCUCCAAGAACGCAGGGAGUUCGAAUCGCGAUUUUGUGCUGCCAAAGGCUGGUUGCUUAAUAGGAGGGUGGCCGACCUGAACGCCACGAUCAACGCUCCAGCCGCUGCUCUACCACCGUCAACUAACUUCCAUUUGCGGCUGCCGAAGAUAGAUCUGCCAAAGUUUGACGGCGAUUAUUCUCGGUGGCUGGGAUUUCGUGAUACCUUCAAGUCCAUGGUGCACGAUGCCCAUGAUAUUCCGCUGGUUGCCAAGCUGCAAUUCUUGCUCCAGUCUUUAGAAGGUGAUGCGCGAAAACCCUUCGAGACGGUGGACAUUGUGGGAGCCAAUUACGUCACCACCUGGGAGGCCCUCCUAAAGCGCUACGAUAACAAGCGCUUUCUGAAGAAGCAGCUGUACCGGACUUUGCACGAUCUCUCACCAAUCCGGAAAGAAUCAGCACAGGAUCUCCACAACCUCGUUGACGAGUUUCAACGCCACGUCAAAGCGUUAGGAAAACUGGGUGAAGCCGUGGAAACCUGGGAUACCCCGCUGGUGUGUAUGCUUUCCUACAAGAUCGACCCAGCUACCCUUCGUGCGUGGGAAGAGCAUGCUGCAACAUCAGACGACGUUGGGUAUGAGGCAUGCAUCGAGUUCCUGUAUCAAAGGGUGCGGAAUUUGCAGACCGUUUCCUCGGAGAUUCAACAUCGGUCACAAGGUGGACCGGUCAAGGUGGUCGGCUCACAAUCCUUCUCCAAGAAACCCUCCCCUAUCAAAGCGGUUGCGAAUACCGCUUCUACAACGAGCUCUCGGCCAACACCUCCUUCGUGCAUUGCGUGCUCGGAGAAACACCUGUUGUUCCAGUGUCCGUCGUUCCAAGGAAUGGCCGUCGGACAGCGUCGAGAACUCAUCUCCCAGAAGCGGCUUUGUUGGAAUUGCUUCAAAUCCUCCCAUGUCGCACGGAAUUGCGACUCGAAGCACACCUGCCGGCAUUGCCAUGAGCGGCACCACUCGUUGUUGCAUCAAGCACCGAAUCCAAGUAAGUCAACCUCCAAUCCCGUAGUUCAGCAUCCGAACCAGUCUGUGCCCCAGCAAGAAGCCUCCAACGGAUCGGACAUUCCUUUGGCUGAAGUUAGCGUUCCCGCUCAUCGAAGUUCUCCAAGUACUGUUUUCCUCGCCACGGUUGCACUCUGGAUCAAAGAUCGAUUCGGGAAACAUCACUCUGCCCGAGCAUUGAUCGACUCCGGGUCGCAGUCGAACUUCAUUUCGAAGAAACUUGCCCGUCGCCUUUGUCUGCGGCCAGAAAGAGUCAGCGUCCCUAUCACCGGCAUCGGUGAAGCAACUGUGACGUUACUGGGCUCAGAACUGCUUCAUGAGUACCUGAAGUGCGGCAGAAUAUUCCUCGGCGAAGGCUCGCCGGUUUUGUUCGAGACUGUCUUUGGAUGGGCCGUCAUCGGUCGCUGGUACGGCUCAACUGUACCCUCAUCUCCAGUGUGUAACACCGCCGUUUCCCAACGUAGCCUAGAAUCAUUCCUAGAAAAGUUCUGGGAACUGGAAGCUGUAGAGCCAGGCCGGCUUUUCACAGCAGAAGAAGCUUCUUGUGAGGAGCUGUUUGAAUCCACCACCACACGCAACCCAGAUGGGCGAUACGUCGUCCGACUUCCAAGAACGGAUGAUUCAAGUGUUCGACUCGGCGAAUCUAGGGACAUUGCCGAAAAGCGACUGUUGAGUAUCGAGCGCCGAUUGCAGCGGGACGAAACAACCAAGGCUGCGUACCACGAAUUCAUGGACGAGUAUUUGCGACUCGGCCACAUGCGGAGGAUUGCUGAUCCACCGAAUGACACCAUCGACCACUGCUACCUGCCGCACCAUGCGGUCUUCAAAACCUCCAGCACCACGACCAAAACCCGCGUCGUAUUCGAUGCGUCCUGCCGCACUGCAUCUGGCCAUUCGCUCAACGACACUGCUUGUCGGGCCGGUGGUGCAAGAGGACUGUUGCGGUUGCGGUUGCGGGAGGUGGUGACGAGAUCCGACUCUUUCAGCAGAAAGGAAACAUUGUUAUUCUCCUGCGAUCAGCUAUAA